AUGGCAAGCUUCCUCACCUAUUAUGUGAGAAAGGUCACCGAUUCAUCUAACCAACCAGAACAUGUGAACCAAUGUUCACUUGGCCUGUCUAUAUGGAGUGACUCCACCUCACGUCUCUACCUCGUGGAAAUGGAUGAUCAAGAAAUGUCUCAAAAGAUUAUCAAUAAAUUAUUAAAUUAA